UCUGUCUUUACUCUUCCCCUCUCUCUCUCUCUCUCUCUCUCUCUCUCUCUUCCUCUCUCGCUUUCUUUCCCACUAUCUCUCAGAUUUUAUAUUUAAAUAUAGUUCAGUGCGCCGCAGGGAAGAGGUCUUGGAACAUGAUGGCAGCAUGCAGAUUUUGGAUAUUUUUUGGACUUGUAACUAUUCUCGGGACUUUAGUGGUUCAGGUGCAGUGUAAUGAGGAGUCACAGCUGAUCAGCCACUUGUUCAAAAACUACAACAAGAAUAUUCGCCCGGUGGUCCAUCCUGAAGAAAAGGUGCAGGUUCAGAUCAGGCUGACCCUCACCAACCUUAUCUCCCUGAAUGAAAAGGAGGAGACUCUUACGACCAAUGUGUGGAUUGAGAUUCAAUGGACUGAUCAUCGCCUUGUCUGGAACACAUCUGACUAUUAUGGCAUUGAUAUUAUUCGCGUCCCGUACAACACUGUUUGGCUCCCUGACAUUGUCCUUGAAAACAACAUUGAUGGCAAUUUUGAUGUGGCUUACUAUGCCAACGUGUUGAUCAGCAACAAUGGUUGGAUGUACUGGCUGCCUCCCGCUAUCUAUCGCAGCACUUGUUCCAUUGAGGUCACCUACUUCCCAUUUGAUUAUCAAAACUGCACGCUAGUAUUCAGAUCCCAGACGUACAGUGCCAAUGAAGUGGACCUCAUUUUGGCUGCUGGAGAGACAGGCGAGACUAUUGAAUGGGUGGACAUCGACCCUGAGGCUUUCACAGAGAACGGUGAAUGGGCCAUUGUCCAUCGUCCAGCCAGGAAGAUGAUCAACACACGGUAUUCCCCAGAUGACCUGGACUAUCAGGAGAUCGUGUUCAAUCUGGUCAUCCAGAGAAAGCCCCUCUUCUACAUCAUCAACGUCAUCAUGCCCUGCUCCCUCAUCUCGUCACUGGUCGUAUUGGCCUACUUCCUACCUGCACAAGCUGGGGGACAGAAGUUGACUGUGUCCAUCUCUGUUUUACUGGCUCAGACUGUCUUCCUCUUCCUUAUUGCUCAGAAGGUUCCUGAGACAUCUCUCUCUGUCCCUCUCAUCGGCAAGUACUUGAUCUUUGUUAUGUCUGUCACCACUCUCAUCGCUACCAAUCAAAUUGUGGUGCUGAACUUCUCCCUGCGCAGCCCCAGCACUCACACCAUGUCCUAUACCAUCAAACAUUUGUUCCUGGAGAUGGUGCCUCGCUUCCUAGGCAUGUCCCCACUAGUGGAUGACAAUGAGGAGACAACAGAGAUAAAUGGAAUGAGGGAGCGGCGGCGAAGCUCCUUUGGCCUCAUGCAGAGAGCAGAGGAAUAUGUGCUCAAACAACCUCGCAGUGAAAUGAUGUUUGACAAGCAAAGAGAGAGGCAUGGUCUCACGCAAUCGAUUGUGGAUAAUAUAGAUAUCAGCAGCACAGCCAACCUCUAUAAGAGUUUGGCCCAAGCUGCACCUGAGAUCAAGCAAUGUGUAGAUGCCUGCAACUUCAUUGCUGAGAGUACGAGACAACAAAAUGACAUUGGAUCUGAAAUUGAAAGCUGGGUACUGAUUGGGAAGAUGAUUGACAAGGUAUGUUUCUGGGCUGCCAUUCUCCUCUUCAUCAUCGGCACAGUGGGGAUCUUCCUAACAGGACAUUUCAACCGGGCACCAGAUUUCCCAUUUCCUGGUCAGAACAAAAAAUAUGUCCCGAGUUAAAACAAUCAAAAAAAUUUUGAUGAAACCUUUCCAAGAGUCACUGUCACCUCAUGCUGUCUGUAAGGCUAAGCGGUCUUGCUCAUUGACUCCCAGACUCAGAAUCAGGGUUGAGUUAAAUCUGUGCAGCAGGGCUUUAAAAACAGAGAUUUAACACCGAAACUGUCUGAGUCCAUGUUCACAGCUCAGACUUUUCUUUGUGAAUACUUGUCAGGCAGCUGAGAGUUUUCAUACAAACUUACAACUCAGUUCUCAGUUCUUCAUCUUAGUCUAAGUUCUUUGGAGGUACACAUCUGUUAAAAGUGUUGUUUUAAAUGGUCAUCAUCGCCAUUACAAUCAUCAACAUCACCAUUAUCAUCAUUAAAAAAACAUGCUAAGUACAAUUAUUAUUUGUCUGUUUUGUAGUAUAAACAGUGUGAGUUAAAGUGCAGACUUCAGGUUAUAUUUGAUGGAAAAUGCUGAAGCUACUGUGUUGAGAAAGUUAUUUCUGCUGCAGUGAAGAACUUUUCAAAUCAAGAAGGUUCAUUACCUGAUGAACUGAUUUUAUUUACAUGUUGUGCGCUAACGUUGCCCAGCUUACAUGGGCUUAUAAUAAACCAUCAAUGCACAUACUGCAAAACAUAUCUGCUAAAGUCUGAAUAGAUUUUCUUGCAUGUAUUAUGUCUUAUUUGAAGAACCUGUGCAUGAAACUUGAGCCACCCAACUCUGAAUCAAAGCCUUAUUAUCCUUCUAAGACUUAUUUAUUAGAAUGUCUUGUUAGUAUGGCUCGGAGGGAUAUUGUCUGAAUAUCAUUGUGCCAUGUUUUUUAAAUAAAUAUUUUAUUUUGU